AUGGCUCAGUACUAUCAAAUCGUGGAACGCGAAGAUCUAAAGAAUAUGUAUCCGCAACUUAACCUUGAUGAAGGAAUCCAGCUCGUUAUGGGCGAUGAAGUGCAGUUUGGCCAGCAACAAGUGAUCCUGUCGCAGGAGCCAACGAACGAUCUGCAGCUGCAACUUGGUGGCGACUCCAAUAACCAACAUCUUCAGCAAAUCGUGUACCAGGCCUCGCCGCAGACGGCACCGCCACCACAGCAAAUACCUCUGCAACAGCAGCAGCCACAGCCGCAACAAAAUAUUCUCGAAUCGAAUUAUCUGGUGCAGCAAGACGAUGGAACCAUGACUGACGCGUUCGUUGGCGGCACUGCUCAACAAAUGCCCCCUCAACUGACUCCUCAGGCGCCAAUGGCACAGCUUCCACAAACGCAGCAACCACAGAUUUAUUACACCGAUGACACAAACGGGCAGAUGGUGCACACGGGAAAUGUUGCGCAAAAUCACGAGUUGAUGCAUGAUAACUCGCAACCAUCCACACUUCAUACCAUGCAGACGGCUGCUGAACAGCAGUUACAAAACCAGCAACAGAUCGCCAAUGUAUUUCAGCAACAACAACAACAGCAGCAACAAACGAUGCACGGGCAGCAACAGCCCGCACAGCCUGGCACCGCAGGCAAUGCGAUACUAAACCAGAGUGGAAUGCGUCACUUGCUUUUGGUUACGAAAAGUCCCCAGUCUCAGAUCGGCGUGAGUCAGCCCCAACAACAGCCCCCUUCUCAGAAGACCCAAGCCAUUCAAGUUCAGUCGUCAAUGGCGCCUCAAUCAUCGUUGCUCGUGCAGCAGCAACCACCUCAGCAAACGCAGGCUCAACAACAGCCAGUUAAGAUUACUACGGUUGUGCGAGCCCCGUGCGUAAAAGUUAUGGCUCCCUCAGUUAGGGCUUCGGCACCUGGUGUAGCACCGGCACAGCAGCCACAACCGCAGCAGCAACAGCCAACUUUACAAAUUACGGGACGAGGAAACUACGUCUUCACAAAUCCACGUCAGAAGUUUUUGACGAUCAAUCGUCCACCGGCGACACCGAGACUGGCAAUCUUCCGGACCGGUACCGUCAGUGGACCGCUGGGUCAACAACCAUUAGUUGUCACCCAAGCAUCUGCCGCUGCUGCCAAGUCGCUGGUCGCGUCUACCGCUCCCGGUGGCGAUACCGAGCUGGUCGAUUUGGAGGAUAGCAUUCAAGCUGUAUUUUUACAGAAACGAUCUUCUGAUGCUACGAAAUCGCCGUCAGUAGCUUCGACACCCGCUUCGAGCGGUGUCGCUCCUGGACUUAUCUACCAAUCACAGCAACCUGCACAACAGCAGCAAAUGAACCAACAAGUUGCAAUUCCGGUGCAGUCACAGCUUCCGGUGGCGUUGGCGGACGGUACUGCUCCGGAAGGGUCGACCAGCUUCAUUCCGUUGCCCGAUGGGCGGUUGGUGACGCCGGCUGCGUACCGGACGUUCCAGGAAAAGCAACACCUUCGCCAGCAGGAAGCACGAAUUGGCGGCUUUAACCAGCAAUUGCGUGUGAGGAUGCCGCAGCGAACCAUGGUCGCGAUUAGGUCGCGAGCGCCGUUGGGUCGGCAAACGGUUGCAAUGCACGUCCCACAGCAACCGCCUACAUCUGUGCAACAAAACGUCACGCUAUCAUCCACGCCAAUACAGCAACCUAUACAGAUUCCUUCUAAUCAACUGUUGCAGACGAUGAAUGUCGGACAGUCUGGUUUACAGCAAAUGCAGCAACUGCAAACGGUGUCCCUUCAACCAUCGGGUCUCGCACCGUCGGUGCUCCAAGUCGUACAGGAGCCAAUUCAAGUCGUACAGGAGCGCGAAAGUGCACGGAUGUUGGUUAUCCUGCAGAGCGGUGAACAGCGGUUGAUUACGUUUACGCUGCCAAAGGAAAGCUGCACAGUCCAGGAGUUGCUGGAGCAGGUGGGAGUGCAGUACUCUCCCGACAGCAACAUCAAGUGUAUCGCAAACCUGGGCGGGGAAAUCGACUACAUCGUCUGUGUGGGUCUUGACACGGAGGAAACGAACGAAGUUAUCAAACAGGCAGAGAAUACCAUCAAAAACCAUCAGCUGCACAACUUGCAGCAACAACUCCAGAUGCAAGAACAGCACUCGCUUCAGCAACAACUGCUGCAUCAGCAGCAACAGUUGCUACCGACGGCCGGUAUAAUGCAGCAGGGACAUCUUCCCCAGCAGGUGACAGUCACUCUACAACAUCAGUUACAACCGCAGCAACCACCGCAACUGCCUGUGCUUUCGGCACAACAGUCGGCACCGUUACGAUUCAAUGAUAGCUUCUGUCAAACGAUAACAACCGGCGGGGUCACGUUAUCAACUGGCGACUCGAAAGGAGCACUUAUCGAUGGUGGUACGCCCGAAGCUAAACGUGAACCACCGGUGAAACUGGUGAAAGGUUUUCUGGCAGUCUGCGCAUCCUGUGGUUACACGGGAGCCGAUCACGCCAAAUGCCAGCGGUGUCGGCGAAUAUUUACCGAGGCCCCGAGGCGUAUCGCCGAACCGGAAAAGGGAUCUCCAGCUUCGUUGAACCCGCCACCACUCAUACCAACGGUCACUUCGACUCCGAUCGUGCCAAGAAAGUACGACAUCUACGGUAAAAAGCAGUCGAUGAGCAUCAUUCUGGCAAUGCGCGGCCGAGGCGGAUCUCGGAGCGGUCGCGGACGAAGCCGCAACGCAGCGAUGGUUAGCAAGUAUGCCGAUGCGGAACCGGUUGUCUUUACGCUGAGCAGUGAUGAUGAAGAUUCCACUUCCGCCGACCGAUCGAAAACCAUCUAUAAAUCCAUAAACAACAUUUCCAAGUUGAACGCAUCGCAGUCGUCGGAGAAGCGAGAACCUCUGCCGUGCGAACCAAUCAUCGGCGACGAUAAACCCCGGUUGGAUGUCACAGACGUGAAGACUCUUCCCGACGGGCAGAUUACCCAGCUCGACUGUUCGACCAUUCGCAUCGGUUCGCUCAAGUAUGAGGCCAACGAGAAGGUCACGCUCUCGUCGAAAGGAAUGCGGAUUGUAGCGCCGAACGUAAAGCGACCGACCGAGUUCGUCAGCUUGGAUUUGCAGAUGCACGAAAUUGUAAAGGUUGUGGUACACUUCUCGAAGGCACUCAACACAAUGUUUGUCUACACGUUGCCCUCGUGCGGGCAGUACGUCCGCCAGCACUUGGAGAUGGAUCUGAGCGAAGAGAAGCUUCCGUACUUUAGUCCAAUCAGUCGCACGAACGAAACGCACAAACGAAUUACACUUGUGAUGGAACGUAUCACUGAAGAAUCAAAAUCAAUUCUUAAGAACAUCUUCAUUGGCCAGCAGCUGGAGGAGAUAAGUGUGCGCGAUGCGAACGAGCUGCUGCUUCGGUGUUCACCGGUCCGUUCCGCAUCGCCGGCGUCCGGUGAUGGCAAUGGUAGCCACGCAAAUGGCAUCGACAGCGCUGGAAUGCUGGAUGCCACUGAAAUUCGCAAGAUACUCAUUUACCCACCAGGCAAGGGUGGUAUUUCGAUCAACACGGAGGAUUAUAUGUGCUUGGCGAUCGAUCAAUACUUGAACGACGUGAUUAUAGAUUUCUAUCUGAACUACUUGCGCCUGGAGCUGCUCAGCGAGAAAGCGCGCAGCGCCGUGCACAUCUUUAGCUCGUUCUUUUACAAUCGGCUUACGACGGUUUCGUCACGCCAACGAGGGCACAACCGAGAUCAGAAGCAAACGGCGGCUCAAAAGCGACAUACCCGUGUCGCUAGCUGGACCAAGCGGGAGAACAUUUUCGAUCGUGACUUCAUCGUCAUUCCUAUCAACGAGCAAUCGCAUUGGUUCUUGGCAAUCAUUUGCUUUCCCGGACUGGAGGGGCCAAUUUCGAUGACCAGCAAUGUACCGACGCCGGUUCGCAAAGCAAAGUCUGGUGUGAAAUCGACACCAAAAGCGACGAAGCCGCCUGGCAACGUUUCGUUGCAGAUCGGUAGCACAACAAUUACGCCCGUUUCUAAGCGCGACCUGGAAUCGAUCAAUCUGGGCGAGGACGAUGACUGCGAUGAGCGGGAUGAAGCCGAAGGAGACGAAAGUGAGCUGGCCAGCGAAACGGAGGAAACGGAGGAUGAGGAACCCACGGAUGCACGGACAGCCGUCAAACAACCAUGCAUUUUAAUAUUUGAUUCGCUAACCGGUGCAUCACGUAGUCGGGUAGUGGCGACACUGCGUGACUAUCUGACGUGCGAGUAUCGGGUGAAGAUGCCGGGCAAACCACCAAAGCUCUUCAACAAACUCAACAUGCCGGGCCACUGUGUGAAGGUGCCACAGCAAAACAACUACACUGACUGUGGCCUGUACUUGCUGCAGUACGUGGAACACUUUUUCCUACAUCCUAUUAAGGACUACAACCUUCCAAUCAAGCAGCUUCAAAACUGGUUUGACACACUCACCGUUACGAAGAAGAGGGAAGAUCUGUCGAACCUGCUCAAAGAGUUAAUCGGUAAACACAAUCCAAAGGAGCUGCCAUUGCCCAAAAUAGAAUUUCCCACACAGGACGGAAGAUUGAUUGUAGAACCGGAAGACGGUUUAAAUGAUCCCGAGUUCGAGGAGGAAGAGAUGGAAGAUGAGGAGUUCCAUACCGAUCUGAACAACGCUACCGACGCCGACGAACAGCAGCAACCACUAGCCGAUACCGAGGCGGACGGCGAUACCGAGAAUAGCAACCCACCCAACAACGUCACUCUGGCCUCGUCUGGUACUAGUCUCAUCAAAAUGCUCGUUCCGAAGCGCACUUAUCCCAUCACGAGGCCCGUCAGACACACGUUCCUGAGUCGUAGCGUCGGCGGCGUCAGCGCAACAGGGGAAGGGGACGAACCGCUUACUUCGCUGGUGAGCUUGAAGCGACCGAUGGAGGUUGCGGCUGCGGUUGCCAAACAGCAAUCAACAUCCGAAAGCAUUAGUAACAGGUCUAAACAGCCACGGCUUACAGAUAGUUCCGGUAGGAUCGUAUCUUAGACUCAAAACGGCGAUGCAGGAUGCGCAAGGAUUCGGCCGAUUAUGGAUUCCGCGGUGAUGACUUGAAAUAUACUGUGACAUAACAAACGUAGCUUAUGUUGCGGUUCGGUAGAAGGGAGAUAGUUCAGAGACUAAUUUUCUUUUUAUUUUUAUGCGACCGGUAUUAUAGUUAUUCUUGUUCUAUUCCUAUUAUUCGAUUGGCCGUCAUUUUUCGUUUGUUGUGGUCGCCAACUACGUAAGCAGCCAAUGUCUGCCAGAUGGCGUUAACCGCGGGCCUUGCCUAGGUCACAGCCGGUUUUAGUUGCUCAGCGCCGCUAAUCCCAUUAUUGAAUGGUUUGUUGUGCUCGCGCCCAUCGUCACCGCAUCGAUCGUUAGGCUUGUGAUGCAGGAAAUUCACAGAAUUCAUAUUCCUAUUCAUUCAUAGUAAGCUUUGUUUUGCUCAUUACAUAUGUUGAUUAAUCCGAAUUACGUUUAUUGUAUGUAUCGGUGCGACUGCGACGUAGGUGUGUAAAUAAAUCCGUAAUCCGUUUUGACUCUAUA